AUGGAAGAGGAUGAUAAAGAGAUUAAAAUUUAAUACUAAAAGAUAUAUUUUGAUUACAAAACUGAAUAUCAACAGCUGAAGUUGUAAGUAACUAUUAUUAUUAUUACAUCAAAAUGGAAAAAGAAGUUACUAUCCUUUGACUUGUUUAUAUUGAAAGAUUAUUAACCUAAGCAAAUAUAGUCUAGAACCAAAACCUGGAGAAGAAUAGUGUUAAUAUCAUUAAUUAUCGCAUCAAAGAUUUAGGAUAAUGAAUCUUUUGAAAAUCGACAAUUUUGCUAAAGCAUUCCCUCAAUAUUAACAAAAGACAUUAACGAAAUGGAAAGAAUACUUCUUAUCUUAUAAGAUUAUAGACUCCAAGUAUAUCCUGCAGAAUAAUAUUUUAUUUUGAUAAUUUACACUGAAAGCAAAAAGAAGAAUUUUCCAUUACGUACUUGA